AUGGAAUCACCAGAGACUUUCGUCGGCGCAAUAGACCAAGGUACGACAAGCACCAGGUUUCUGAUUUUCAACCGUGAUGGAGAGCCAGUAGUAUCACAUCAAGUCGAGUUUGGUCAGAUCUACCCUCACCCUGGCUGGCACGAGCAUGAUCCCCUCGAAAUAGUAGCCUCGGUUGAGACCUGCAUCUCAGAAGCCGUCCAAAAAUUCGAAGCAGCAGGCCACAACCGCGCUGCCAUCAAGUGCAUUGGAAUAACCAACCAGCGCGAAACAACCAUCGUCUGGGACCAUCAGACUGGCGAACCCCUCUACAAUGGCAUUGUCUGGACAGACACCCGCUCUCAAUCCAUCGUCACCGAGCUAAGGCAAAGACCCGGCGCAGCGCAACUCCCCAAGCUCUGCGGUCUCCCCCUGUCAACAUACUCAUCCGCACCCAAAUUACUCUGGAUGCUCACCAAUGUCCCAAAAGUCAAAGAUGCAUUCGACCGCGGCACGCUCGCGUUUGGAACCGUCGAUGCUUGGCUCGUAUACCGUUUGAACGGUGUGGAUGCCAACGUUUUUGUCUCGGAUUCGACAAACGCGUCACGUACAAUGUUUGUGAAUUUGGAAACUUUGCAGUAUGAUGAGACACUUCUGGACUUUUUCGGUGUUCGGGGGAGAAUUCAUUUGCCGAAGAUCGUGCCUUCGUCCCAUGCUACUGCGUAUGGUGUGGUUGGAUCCGGGGCAUUAGCCGGCGUGCCGAUCAUGGGCUGCUUGGGAGAUCAGUCUGCUGCGCUCGUGGGCCAAAAAGGGUUCUCACCAGGUAUGGCGAAGAAUACGUAUGGCACUGGUUGUUUCCUUCUGUACAAUGUUGGAGAGCAGCCAGUGCUCUCAACACACGGGCUGCUGGCGACGGUUGCUUAUCAUUUUGACAAGCCGAUCUAUGCCCUCGAGGGAAGUAUUGCCGUUGCUGGGUCUGGUAUCAAGUUCUUGCAGAAUAAUAUGGGGUUCUUUGAAGAGUCCAGGGAGGUAAAUGAUCUUGCUUACUCGGUCGAUGAUGAUGGUGGAUGUGUGUUUGUGACUGCCUUCAGUGGACUGUUUGCACCCUAUUGGAUCGACGAUGCCAAAGGGACGAUAUUCGGCAUCACCCAAUACACCCAGAGGGGGCACAUUGCACGCGCGACACUGGAAGCAACUUGCUUCCAGACCAAGGCCAUUCUUGAUGCAAUGGAAAAGGAUAGCGGCCAUGCGCUCUCCGAACUAGCUGUUGAUGGUGGCAUGAGCAACUCCGAUUUGGCAAUGCAGACCCAAGCAGACUUAAUCAAUAUCCCCGUCUACCGCCCCAAGAUGCGCGAAACCACGGCUCUCGGUGCAGCCAUCGCUGCCGGUCUGGCAAUCGGAGUAUGGCGCAACUUCGCUGAACUACGGGAUAUCAAUCGCGCUGGCGGCACGGUAUUCGAGCCCCAACUCUCGCGGCAGGAAAUUGCAGACAAAUUCGAGGAAUGGGAGAGGGCUGUGCAAAUGAGCAGGGGCUGGGUCAAGUCCGAUGAAGACAAAGGCGUUGGGGCCAUCGACAAAUACCCCCCGAAGUCGAACAAGGAUAAUGUGCCCUCCUCGCUGACAACUGGAAUUCCAGACUGCUCAGUCGUUUCCAAAGUUGUCAAAGGCCCCACAGUCACUGAUACGACCAAGAGGGUGACUCAGAUAUCAGUGAAGGAGAUCGGGAUUCAUCCUGUGCCGAAGCCGCUGGUGACCGUAGUAGGCGAUUUGGAUGACAUGGAUGAAGAAGAACUGUUCUUCGAGUUGCGGAAAGUUGAGAUCCUGAAAAGACUCAAGAAGCUGAAACGGCUAGACUACUAUUGA